CUACACUCAGGUCAGCGACUCAUGGAGCGGCUGAGAAGAGACUCACUUCCACCAGUGCAAGCAAUGGUAUUCUUAUCAGAAUGACUGCCUUGCUACGCUCCUUUCACGCGUCCGAUGGCACCCGUCCUUAUACAGCCAUAUCAUGGUCCCUUCCUCUCCCGCCCAACGCGAAGCAUCGACCCGGCGGCUCCUAUGGCACGCCCCAAGCACUUCAGUCUCCGCGUGCUGCUGCAACUAUUCGCCAUCACUAUCUCCAUCUUCGUCCUCGCGGUGCUCUUCUGGAAGCUCGGGAGAUUCUUCCGCCGCUUCACCCAGGCCAAAGUUACCCAGCAGGGCAACGCGACCACCGCUCGUUACGCCCGCACCUGCUACGGCUGGGUGCCAGCGGAGCAACAUGCAGGCCUCAAGAAGUUCUUUCGAACUUGUUUCGAUAAGUUCGGCAGGUGGACGGCGUGGCGUUCGUCGAACCAGGACUAUAGCUGGGUGUGGUGGGAUCCGGGGCAGCGGGAGCUGAACCAAUACCGAAAGACGAGACGGCCGUUGCAGUGGUUGCCUCGCUGGAUCAGGAGUUACAGCUUCACGCCCGCCGAUACCAUCUGGAAUCCGAGGCCUGUUGACAAUGCUGGUGUCGUCGCUGAGCCGAGUAGCAGUCAUCCGUCGCUGUCGUUUCGCAUGGCUGGAGCACUUUCUUCUUGUCAUACCCCGAAACGCAUGGUGGGAAAUAGG